AUGCGGGGACUCCGCUUCAUCCCCAUCGUCGGCGCCCUCUUGUCAUCGUCAUCGCUGGUCUUCGCUGAAGGAGAAACAAAUAUACAUGAGGAGGGCCGCUGUGCUAUCCGUGGUCAUUGUGGGAAACAAUCGUUCUUUGGUGGAGAGCUGCCAUGUCCCGAUAACGGUCUUGCGGAGAAGCCGGAGACUCCGGUACGGAAGAAGCUGGUCGAUCUGUGUGGGAGUAAAUGGGAAGAGGGCCCGGUUUGCUGUCUUGAGGAGCAGGUCGACGCGCUGGCGAGCAACCUGAAGCUCGCCGAAUCAAUCAUCGCAUCGUGUCCUGCGUGUAGGGAGAACUUUUACAAUAUCUUCUGUACCUUUACCUGCUCGCCCGACCAGUCGCUUUUCGUGAACGUCACCGAAACGGAAAAGGCUAGUUCUGGGAAAUACCUUGUGACCGAAAUAGAGAAUGUCUGGUCGGAGGAAUAUCAGAGCGGAUUCUAUGACAGCUGCAAAAAUGUGAAGAACGGUGCAUCGGGCGGCAAGGCUAUCGACUUCAUCGGUGGUGGCGCCAAAAGCUACGCUCAGUUCCUCAAAUUCCUUGGAGACAAGAAAUUGCUGGGUAGCCCGUUCCAGAUCAACUACAGAACAGAGCCCAGUGAUGAUGACCAGGGCAUGAAGGCUUUGCCCAUAAAGCCAAAGUCUUGCAAUGAUCCAGACGAGGCCUUUCGCUGUUCCUGCGUGGAUUGUCCGGAGGUUUGCAAGCCGUUGCCUGAGGUUGACACGGUUCACUACUGCCACGUUGGUCUGCUUCCAUGCUUGUCUUUCUCUGUCAUCCUCGUUUACUCUGUCUUCCUGCUGUUGAUCGUGACGGUAUCGAGCUACUUCACGUACAGAGAACACCGCUACCGCAAGCCUGAACGAGUUCGAUUGCUUCAGGACCCUGCACCAAGUGACGACGAGGAUGAGGGUGAUAUUGUUCAUGCUGGCGGAUAUCUCGAACAGCCGCGCGGUGUGUACAAAUUAAACUCUGCUUUGGGAGCGCUCUUCAGCCGGAUUGGAGGUGCUUGCGCCCGCUUCCCGGCAAUAACGAUCAUCACCAGUAUCGUUGUGGUCGGUCUGAUGAGCUUGGGUUGGCUGAGAUUCACCGUUGAAACGGAUCCGGUACGCUUGUGGGUUAGUCCUAGCUCACCGGCUGCGCAGGAGAAGGCGUAUUUCGAUGAGAACUUUGGACCUUUCUACCGGGCCGAGCAAGCCUUCCUUGUGAACGACAGUGCUCCCGGUGGAUACGGGCGGAUUCUAGAUUACGAUACAUUGAGCUGGUGGUUUGAUGUCGAGUCUCGUGUUCGUCGGAUGAUUUCGUUGGAACGCGAACUGAUCUUGGACGACGUCUGCUUCAAGCCUACCGGUGAUGCAUGUGUCAUUCAAUCCGUGACUGGUUACUUUGGCGGUACCGUAUGGAAUCUUGACCCUGACACUUGGGAGGAGCGGCUUAGGCACUGUCUGGAUUCGCCUGGUGAUGUGAGCUGUCUACCUGACUUCAGCCAGCCUCUUAAGCCGGAGAUGAUUCUGGGUGGGUAUGAACACACCGGAGACCCGUUUGACGCUCAAGCGUUGGUUGCCACAUGGGUCGUAAACAACCAUGCUCAAGGCAGUGAAGGAGAGGCCAAGGCCAUGGACUGGGAAGACAGCUUCAAGCGCAUCUUCGAGGUUGUGCAAGAAGAAGCGAAUGAACGUGGUCUGCGGGUUUCUUUCAACGCUGAGAUCAGCCUGGAGCAGGAACUGAACAAGUCCACCAACACAGACGCGAAGAUUGUGGUUAUCAGCUACAUCAUUAUGUUUAUCUACGCAUCGCUUGCAUUGGGCUCUGUUACGGUCACCUGGAGGUCGCUGUUCAGCAACCCUGCCAACGCUUUGGUUCAAUCGAAGUUUACUCUAGGGAUUGUCGGGAUCGCCAUUGUUUUGAUGUCUGUCUCGGCGUCUGUUGGGCUCUUCUCUGUGACUGGAGUCAAGGCGACGUUGAUCAUUGCAGAAGUCAUCCCGUUCCUUGUCCUUGCUGUUGGUGUGGACAAUAUCUUUUUGAUCGUCCACGAAUUCGAACGCAUCAACGUCAGUCAUCCGGAUGAAGAAAUCGACGAGCGGGUAGCUCGCGCGGUAGGAAGAAUUGGCCCCAGUAUCUUCCUCUCCGCUAUCACGGAGACUGUCGCAUUUGCCCUUGGUAUUUUCGUUGGAAUGCCAGCCGUGAAGAACUUCGCCGCUUACGCUGCUGGGGCAGUUUUCAUCAAUGCCAUCCUGCAGAUUACCAUGUUUAUCUCCGUCCUUGCGCUGAACCAGAAACGGGUAGAGAGUCUGCGCGCGGAUUGCCUUCCCUGUCUCACCGUCCGCAAGGCGAACUCAUCCGGCAUGCCCGAUGAGCCACUGUACGAGGAUCAGGAGGCAGAGAGCGGACUUCAGCGGUUUAUCCGCAAGGUAUAUGCACCGAUUAUCCUUGAGCGCCGGGUCAAGGCCGUUGUUGUGAUUGCGUUCUUAGGUCUUUUGACAGCUGGUCUGGCUUUGAUACCUAAAUUGCCCCUUGGAUUGGACCAACGCAUCGCGUUGCCCAGCGACUCUUACCUGAUCCAGUACUUCAAUGAUCUCGAUGAUUACUUUGGUACCGGACAGCCUGUGUAUUUUGUGACGCGAAACGUCAACGUGACCGAGCGCAGCCACCAGCAGCAGCUCUGCGGGCGCUUCACGUCAUGUGAUGAAUACUCGCUGCCAUUCGUCUUGGAGCAAGAGUCGAAACGACCAAAUGUUUCUUACAUCGCAGGAUCAGUUGCGAGCUGGAUCGACGACUUCUUCUACUGGCUCAACCCGCAGCAGGACUGCUGUAAAGAGAAUGGGAAGAUUUGCUUCGAGGACCGAGCUAUCCCAUGGAAUAUUUCCCUCUAUGGUAUGCCCGAGGGAGACGAGUUCGUCCACUACGUGCAGAAAUGGAUCGAGUCGCCUACAGACGCCUCGUGUCCAUUGGGAGGAAAGGCACCUUACAGCAACGCACUUGUCAUUGACCCCAAGCGGAUUAUGACUAGCGCGACCAAUUUCAGGACUAGCCACGCCCCUCUACGAACUCAGGAUGACUACAUCCAGUCGUACAUUUCUGCUCGUCGCAUCGCAGAUGACAUCUCGAGGGAGCACAAUAUCGAUGUGUUCCCGUACGCCAAGUCGUAUAUCUUCUUCGACCAGUAUGUGUCUAUUGUGCAGCUGACGGGUACGCUGCUUGGAUCUGCCGUUGCCAUUAUCUUUGCCAUCACAUCUACCAUCUUGGGUUCAAUCGCGACGGGAGUCGUUGUCACUACAACAGUUGUCAUGAUCGUGGUGGACAUUAUCGGCACCAUGGCCAUCGCUGGCGUCUCACUCAACGCUGUGUCAUUGGUCAAUCUAGUCAUUUGCGUCGGAAUCGGUGUGGAAUUCUGCGCCCACAUCGCCCGUGCAUUCAUGUUCCCUUCCCGAACCAUCAUGGCCCAGGUCCCUACCAAAUUCCGCGGCAAGAAUGCCCGAGCAUGGACGGCACUGGUCAAUGUUGGUGGCAGUGUGUUCAGCGGUAUCACCGUGACCAAGUUGUUGGGUGUUUGUGUGUUGGCAUUUACACGGAGCAAGAUUUUCGAGAUCUACUACUUCCGUGUUUGGUUGGCGUUGGUAGUCUUUGCUGCAAUUCAUGCGCUUAUUUUCCUGCCGGUGGCACUUAGCUACUUUGGUGGCGAUGGAUACGCGGAUCCCGGAUCCGAUGGAGGUCUAGAAGAAAACCUUGCGUCUAGGGGAUAUCGGUCUAUCCUGGCUGACGAUGAUUACGACUCGGAAGAAUACUAG